CCUCCAGGACAAGCCACUUCCCCUGAGCGGGGACUUAGCAGGGAUCGGUCACAGGGACGGCUCCUGACUUUGCGGGAACCGUCGCAGCGGAUGAUGGCUCGUGGAGAGGGCGGGGGUGGGGGUGGGGGGAAGAGCCGCCACUUCCCGGCCGCGGACGCACUCGGCUCAAGCCGCAGGGGGCGGGGCCGGAGGCUGCAGAAUUCCCCUCGUGAGCCGCUGCGGGAUCGAACCCGGUGGGAAGAGCUCGGGAUUCCCCGGGGCGGGGCGGGGCGGGGCUCGUGCCGUCACCGCCGCGCUGCGUCACGGGCGGCCCGUGGCGGAAGCGCGAGGGCGAUGGCGGCGGGGUACCAGCACCGGCCCAACGGCGGCGGCGGCGCCCCCCUGCCCGACCCCACCUUCCUGUGGAACGUCUUCCAGAGAGUUGAUAAAGACAGGAGUGGAAUUAUAUCUGAUAAUGAACUUCAGCAGGCAUUAUCCAAUGGCACGUGGACUCCAUUUAAUCCAGCAACAGUCAGGUCAAUUCUUGGGAUGUUUGACAGAGAAAACAAAGGUGGUGUGAACUUCAAUGAAUUCACGGGAGUCUGGAAGUACAUCACAGACUGGCAGAACGUCUUUCGAACGUAUGACAGAGACAAUUCUGGAAUGAUUGACAAAAAUGAACUAAAGCAGGCACUAACAGGUUUUGGUUACCGACUGUCUGAUCAAUUCUACGAUAUCCUUAUUCGGAAAUUUGACAGACAAGGAAGAGGACAAGUUGCUUUUGAUGACUUUAUUCAGUGCUGUGUUGUUUUACAGAGGCUGACUGAUGUGUUCCGACGAUAUGAUACUGAUCAAGAUGGCUGGAUCCAGGUGUCCUAUGAGCAGUAUCUUUCCAUGGUCUUCAGCAUUGUAUGACACUGAUAACUAGGAAUUGCACACUGGCAUUACACAGACUGGAGUUGCCAAAUCAUCCUGUACUGAAUAUGAUUAUCGAUGUAUUAUAAUGGAUGUAACUUCGCGUUCUUAAAUUUUGUAUGUUGGUCAUCACCUUCAGAAUCUGUACUUGAGUUGGUUUUUAUUUUGUAUCAUUGUACGAUAUGACCAUCUCUGCUUACUGUAGUACAGAAAGCACAGAAUCUAGAUUUAACUGGUGCGAUGUCAAACUUAAUCUAUUUCACAUAUCCUGCAUGGGAAAAAUGACUCUUUAGAAAUGCCAAAUUAAAAUAAUGCUUGUUAGUUUAUAAAAGAGUUGGAAGUCAGAAGUUGCACAACAUGUUUUGCAUGUGCCUUACUUUUAUAAGAGUUUAAUGUAUUAAUUUUUAAUACAGAAUUUAAAAUUAAGUAAAAAUAUUAAAUCAA